CAGUUCCAUUAAUGAUUUUUCUAAAGGACGCUAGUUGCUGGGGUUUUGUAAAUUUCUUUUUAUCACAAAUAAAAAAAUAUACAAUCACCCAAUUCUGCUAGUGUUUCAAAAGAUUGAAGUUUUUUGAAUUGCGAUUUCUCCAACAAUCAUAUUUAAUUUAAUUUAGAGAAUCCUGUGACAAAUCAUAAAAUGGCUGAAAACGAACUGAAGGAUUUAGGUGAAAAUGAAGCCGAAAUAUUUGAUGAAAUGAAGGAUAUUGUUGAAGGGGAGGAAGAAGAUUAUAACGAAGAUGGUGAUGGUGAUGAACUGGAACAUUUCCUCAACGAAAAUAAACUUCAGGAGCACCUUACCCUGUUCAGGGAUCAACAAAUUGAUUUCGAAACUCUCAUGAUACUCACCGAGCCUGAUUUGAAAAGUCUUGGCUUACCCUUGGGACCCUUCAGAAAGCUCACAAUUGCUCUUCAAAAGAAGAAGAGUGAGAUGCUCAUGGAAUCAGAAGGGAUGGACGAAAGUGAAAACCACGAUGAUUCUCAGACCGAGACAAAAGUCAAAGAAGAUAAUGCCGAUCUUCCAACUUUGGCCGAUGAAGGUAACUUCCGCGUUAUAGACGAGUCCGGCGACGAUUCUGACGCUCAUUCCGUCAAGUCUGAGCAUGCUGGUGGUAAAACAAAAGAUGUAAAAUCCUUCGAACCUGACAAAAACCACCCAUACAGAUACGACCUUCUCAAUUUCAAGCUGUCCGAUGAGUUCAAGGAAAAGGUUGAAUUGCAAGAACCCACAACUAUCGACUCAAAACCUUUUGAGCUGAUAACCGACGAAAGAAGACUGAAGAGCGCAGUGAAAGCACUGCGUAAGGAGAAAAUCAUAGCGGUCUAUGUUCGACACAAUAUGGACACAUACGAGAAGACGGUGUCACUGAUGCAAUUGUCCACACAAACAAUAGAUUAUAUUAUCGACUUUACCAAAAUCAACCAUUUGGUCUUGUUAUUGACCGACAUAUUCACAAACCCUAAUAUUUUGAAGGUGUUUUACGAAGCCCGACACGAGGUGAAGUUUUUGCAAAGGUUUUAUAGUUUAUACACUGUGAAUGCCUACUGCGUCCGAAGCGCUGUCAAGGAGUUGAAAUAUGAAACAUCGUCGCUGUACGGUCUCAUCAAUAAAUAUGUCAGCUAUUUCAAACCUACAGAUUCCGAGUGCACCAGUAGACCGCUGAAGAAUGACGUCAAGACGAACCUGAGGAAGGAGACGCAUUACUUGCUUCACAUAUACUACAAGACCAGGAACGAAGCCAUCGAGGCAGGUUGUUACGAUAAAAUCGUUGCUGUGGGCACUACGACCUGCAGUUAUCUUCAUGUGCCGGUUAAGGAAAGGAAGCCCGAAAUAAUCUUCUCAGACUUCGACAAGUUCAACGAUGCGCAGAAGAUGGCAGCUGAAGAACUUUGCAACUGGCGAGAGUCUUUGGCUAAAGACAGAAAUGUGGACGUUAACGCAAUACUCACCACCAAAGACAUGAAGCAAAUCUGUCUGUCCCUUCCGAUCAAGAAAGAAGAACUGUUUAUGGUCGUGGACACGAGGAUUGUCCGGAUGUACUUUAAUAAGUUGUUGACGAUCCUUAAGAUAGCACGUAAGAAGUAUUUCAAGGAUCCCAAGGAGGAAGGUAAGUACGACCUGAGACCUGUGCCUACUAAGGCGACGAAGAAGCCUGUUGUGAAGGGGCAGCCGAAAGCCAAUACGCAGAAUUCUCCGGCAGGGGGCAAGACUGAGUUGAAAAGGAAAAGCGAUGGGUUCGCUCGUCCAAAUCCAGCUAAAAAAGCACGCUUCCACUACAAGGGAAAGAGGAACUUUUCGGCUAGUCCCAAAGCGAAGAGCCCCAUGGGUUCCCCAUUCAGGCAAACCGGCGGAUAUAGGGGCGGAUAUCAGGCGUCCAAUUCUCCGAAAAAUUACGGACAGGCCAAAUACCCAAAUCCUCAGAACAUCUGGGAAAACCAGCAAAAUCAGAAUUUCAACAAUUACGGAGGAGGAAGCGGUUUCAAGUAUUAUUGAAGUGGAUGAUUUCGAUCGGUGUGAAUUAUGUAAUUUAGAUUUAGUUCUCAUUUUAUUUUGUAUGGAACUGUCAUCAAGUUGAUAUAGUGAAUAAAGAUUCAUAAUCUUCA